CGCAGCUUUAAGCUCGAGAAAGACAGUAGCGAUUUGAAAGCACCGGGAAACUGAUUGGUGAGGAGAAACACGUGCACACAGAACAUUACAGUGAGACACAGAAUAUAAAACAAGGUUAAUGUAUCAUCAGCUGUACUGAAGGCUGCUGCUCAUCAUUAUGGCUCUCAUUGUAACAAGGCCAACAAAGAAUUCAUGCUGUGCCACUGGGAGGAGAAGGAUACCAGAAAGUGUCUAAAUGAAGGGAGGAAAGUUAAUGAAUGUGCACUCAAUUUCUUCAGGCAGAUAAAAGGAAACUGUGCUGAGUCCUUCACAGAGUACUGGACCUGUCUGGAUUACUCUAACCUGGCUGAGUUGCGCCACUGUCGUAAGCAGCAGCAGGAGUUUGAUAGCUGUGUGAUGGAGAAACUGGGCUGGGAAAGGCCUGCAUUAGGAGACCUGUCCAAAGUGACCAAGGUGGUAACCACACGGCCCCUGCCUGAAAACCCAUACCAUUCAAGACCAAGACCUGAGCCCAACCCUCCCAUAGAGGCCGAGCUACAGCCAUCUAAGCACGGCAGCCGCGUGUUCUUCUGGAACUGGUGAAGAGGGCCAGUCAAUGUCCUCUGAACAUCAUGUCCGCCGCCUCCUUUCUCCCAACCAGCAGCAGACCAUACUGGACAGUAAAAGAUAUACAGAAUGCCAGUGGUAGCACUA